AUGCUUCGCAAAACACGUUUCGUCUGCAUAUCCGACACGCAUGGCUACACGCCCUCGGAGGCAGGAUUCAAGCUCCCAGCCGGAGAUGUACUGAUACAUGCGGGCGAUCUGACUAACAAGGGGAGCUUGGCCGAGGUGCGCCGGACGAUGGAUUGGAUAUCGAAGACCAACUUUGAAGUGAAGAUCAUCGUGGCGGGGAACCACGAUGUCACGCUGGAUCCCGGUUUCUAUGCAAAACAUGGACAAGAGUUUCAUGGCUCACAGCUCGAAGAUCCAAGCCAAUGCCUCGAAGCGGUCACGAGUGCAGCACCGUCUGUCAUUUACCUCCAACAUCAGGCUGCUGUCAUCAACAUGACUCAGAAAGAUGGUCCAAAUACUACAUUUAAAGUGUUUGGGUCCCCAUAUUCGCAGUUCCAAGGGAACUGGGCGUUUGGAUAUAGUAACGGCAAGGAUGCAACAGCACUCUGGGGCCAGAUCCCUCCAGACACCGAUAUUGUCGUGACGCAUACGCCACCAAAAUCUCACUGCGACCAGAAGCCGACGGGCAGGAAGGUCGGGUGCGAUGCACUUCGCCAGGAACUGAGCCGCAUCAGGCCGCCGUUAGCUGUUUGCGGCCAUGUGCAUGAAGGUCGGGGCUACGAGCGUGUUUGUUGGCCGAGGCAGAUGUCACUGUCGCGCACGCUUAUCGAGUCUGACAGCAGCGGCGCUAUCACUCAGGGGGUCUUGCCACCACCGGGCAGCAAAAAACAGGCUCUGGUUGACUUGACGGGAAAACGUGGAGAGCGCCUGGUUAAUGAUGGAUUUUCAUCCUUGACUCCUCAUUCGCAACUGAAGCUGGAUCCUGCGAACAUGGCGUCGAUGUCACCAUCUUCUCUCGGGUCAGCUGCCAAUGUAGCGCUGGAUUUUCAAUAUAAUUCGAACAAGAAUAACAACAAGGCUCCGGUUCUGAGCGCAGAUACCCAAGCGUACAAUGAUGGGGACUGGUACGACGGUAUGACACUGCAAACGCUCAGAAAGGAGACAUGCAUUGUCAAUGCUGCCAUUGUGGCUACGAGCUGGCCGCACCAGGGAGGCAAGCGAUUCAAUGUACCGAUCGUGGUGGAUCUAGAGCUCCCAGUGCGACAGGGCGACUACGUGUUCAGGUGA